AUGAACGCCCGGUCCAGUAUUUCUGGCUCUCCACGUCAUAUGACAAUGGAUGCAAUGAAUCAUUUGUCGAUACGGAGUCUUGAAGAACUGAAUCGACUUUCCCAAGCUACACGGGAGUUUGGUGAAGUCUAUUGUGGAAGUCCCGAGCCUUCCAGACGCAGUCCCAAGUUUUUACAGCGUAUUUUUGACCCUUUAGAGAGCAAAAGUGACGAGGAAUGUUUGUUUCGCGUCCGUCUCUCGGGUAUUCAAUGUCGUAAUUUACAAGGACGGAGAUUUAGUGGCAAAAGUGGUCCUUUUGUGGAAUUUUACUGGGACGAUGAAGCCGAAACGACGCCGUAUUCAACACCAGUGAUUAAAGCAGAUUUGAAUCCAAAUUAUAAAGGCGUGCUCAUUGCAUUCGAGUACAAGGCGACAUUGAAAACAUUGGCACAGAGAUUUUUAACGGUCAAAGUGUUUUUAGACCGGAAAUUCUAUGGCAAAGAUUUGGUUGGACAUACAAAAGUUGACUUGUGGAGUAUUGCGACGGGACCGGUACAUCAUGAUCAUCAUUUGAUUGGAUGUGAAAAUGGACGUGUGGUGUUUAAUUGCUAUAUGGAGCAGUGCAGUGACUGGAACAUUUCAGUGAGUGAUGUGGGGGUCAUGAUGCCGGCAAUUGCAAAUGAAUUGGAUCGACCGGAAGGACAUGAUUUUCAAGAAGAUGCAUCGUUACCACUUAAAAAAUUUGGCGUAAGUUACAAAUGCACGAUUGGAGCGGAUGAAAAGUUUUACAUGGGCAAUAAACUGAAACACGCAAUCUUGCGCGAGAUUGGAGAGAUUAGUGAAGUGAGUUUCCAGGCAUUAGCAAGAUUGGCAGUUUUGUCGUCUCGUGUGUCCAGACCAAACGCACAACCUAAGGGUGAAGCUGGAGGUGACGAUGAAGCUGCUGCUGGCUCCCUUGUGGCGCAAGAUCCGAUGGGUGUGGGAUGGACGUCAUCAUCGGACUACCUUCCUCCUAUUACGCGGUAUAGUACGUUCGAUGAGCUCAUGUCGGCAACUUUGACCUUAGAGGUUCGCCAAUUGUUGGUAGGUCGCGGUCAAAUGUCUACUGAUCCAGAUGGAGGAUUUCUAAACUUGCUAGAAAAGUACAAGAAAGACACAUUGGCAAUACCGAAUACGGAUGUUCAAUUCGAUGAGGAGAUCAGCGAUACUAUCCUGUUUGGGCAAACAUGGCUUUCGCUGGAAAAGAUUUUUGAAGACGCCCUCCAAGAGCGGAUAAAGAAGAAGUACGAUGCUGAUCCGAGUGCAGGCAUGAAUGGUCUCGGGUUUUCCGAGCAGUUUGUCACGAGCAAGUUUGAGCAGAGUCUUACAUUAAAAGGACACCAAGUUGGAGUGAUUUAUGGUACAAUCUUGUUCAAGCGCAUUCCUGACGUGCGACAACUUCGAUGCGGAGUAAACAGCGAGAAUGGCAUUUCUUCGUCCAGCUCUGUAAUAAUUGGAGCAGCCGCAGCAGGGUCCAACAAGAGGAAUCUGCGCAAAUCGAAGGUGGUGAUUCCAAUUGAAGCUCAGCGUGUGUUGGAGAAAAUGCAGGACUUGGUAGAACUAAUGGCGAAUCGACAAAAAGAUGACAAAGAAGGCAAGGUGCGGAAGGCAACAAAGAUUCUGAAAAUGUUGCAAAUAUCUCACAAAGUGUCAAUGCUGUCGUGGGUCUAUGUAUCUGCCGCGGCGCUGGAAGAAACAAAAAAUAUCUUGUUGCGGCUGUGGCAGUUCUUGCUGGAUAAUAUUCGCGUUCGUCACUAUACGCUGCGAAAUGUGUUUUACGAAUUGCUUUUCUAUUUAGUAAAGCGCGCGGAGCUGAGUGACUUACCGUUGUUGGGAUUUGAUUCGACAGCGGCGACUACCGUAUCUAGGACGAAACAUGUACAUAAAGUAUUGAAAACGGACCUGGAGUUCGGCUUGAAGUUGCGAGCUAUGCUUGUAGAAACCAAGUUUUGCGUCCUUCAAACGGUCUCUGUUCGUGGCGUCAUGAACAACAAUCUCAUGUUUUUUGUAGCGAGAAUGUUGUCGGUUCUGUGUUUCCGGCUUCCAAGUUUUGGUGUGGAGCUGUACCAGCUGUGGUCAGAAUCGUACAAUGAACCAGCGCCUGAACUUGCUGCUGAGUUCCGAAUGAAUGCUGAUGCAGACUUGUUUGCCAUGGAUGGAUUGGAAGCUCACCUGGACUGGCGUCGAUUUCACAAAGCUGUUUUUGACGAGUAUGGAGAGAAAGUGCUUCGAAAUCAAGAAGAAGAAGCUGAAGACAAGUACGAGGAGACUUCUGAAGCGUGGAAAUCGCGCUUUCGUCGACUUAAUGGAGCAGCGAAUACCUUGAAUAUCUUGCUGGUGGAUCAAUGGCUGUGGUAUGUACUCGACACCUUAGCAGUUCUCAACCAGAAGAUUGGAUGGAUCCACUUGCCAGGUUACACUCAAGUGCUGAUGGUGUUCUUUUUAGAGUUGAAGACGCAGAAGUCAGGCUGGCUCCCACCCACACUCUAUAAGUUGUCGUGCACAAUGCUGUCGAACUCGAGCUUGAUCAACCCGAUGACCAAGUUCCUCCUCAGCAGCACCAGCGUGCAUGACGUCACAGCGGUAAUUGGUGCUGUGGAACUUCUCGGGGUGUGGAUGUAUAUGAUUCGAAGUUGGCGCGUUCGUUUGAGUUCGUACCGACUGUCGCACCUAGAAAACAAUGAUCGCUGGAACUUUCACCAAGACGACCAAUACUCGAUUCCAGCCGGCGAUGAAGUUUCGUUGCUUCCGCCGUCGUUCGAUUUUCGGUUUCUUUGCGCCGCGUUACGCAUUUUGCUAGACUCCGAACACACUCAGGUUGUUUUGACAACUCUGGAGUUCCUUUACAACUGUUGGGAUUGCUUCCCCGAGCGACAUGCGGACAAGCUACGCUUCGAGCUGCUCCGGUCUUUCGUCCGACUGUUUUUGCAUUGGCACAGUGAAGUACGAUUCUUUUUUCAGACGCUGAUUGCUUUCCGUGCAAUGAAGCCUCACGGAUGGACACAAAAAGGGGCAUCUUUCGUGAAUACACCACCACACAGCCGCCGCCAAAUGGAUGCUGUGGCUGCUGAUUUCAAUUUGUCUCUUGGAACCGAGGAGCGCAGUGACGCUACACGACGCUCGCGAUCUAUCAGUACGAGCAGCCUAAUGGACUCGGUACAAAAGCGGCUUAGCUCAACGUCACCGCGCUCGUCACCAAGAAAUUCAGCCUCAAGUUUGUCUUUAACAGUAUCAUCACCCAACAGCCGAGUUGGUAGCGGUAGCAGUACGCCGACUUCGGACUACAAAAGUGGAGACAGCUUUCAUUUGGAUCAGACAAGAACACGCAGUAUAUCGGACGACUUGUCUAGACAUCAGAUGCCGCAACAGCCAGAGAUGGAUAAAAACAUCCAGAUGAAAUUCAAUCGACUGCUCGAGUCGAUCUACGCCGCUGCGAAAGUGUAUAUUGACCGUCAAAGUGAGAGCGGGAACCUUUUACGAAAGCAGACAACGGAGGCCACGUGGAAGAAGAAGGGCAUGCUCCUCAAGCAGGGCUUUAUCUACAAGAACACUUGGAAAAAUAGGUACUUCUCGCUUCAGAACAACAAGUUGGGUUACGCGGACACAGAGCACGGUCCUAUCAAGGGUGAAAUCAACAUUAUUGGUAGUGUGAUCUCAGAGAUGUCGAACCAGCUAGACCACUCUCGCGGAACACGCGUCGUACUCUUCAACUGUUUCUCUGUUGACAGUGGUUACCAGAGGUUUGUUCUGUGUGCUCCGUCGUUUGAGGAGCAGAGGGAAUGGAUUGAAGUGCUGGCACAAAAUGCAACUGCCGAGACUGCCGUGCGAAAAGACAACGAGACACUAUCACAGCUCGAUCUAGCUGAAGUGUCAGACCAAUUGGAGGCGCUGGCAGGGAAGCACACGUCUGCGGAUGAAGUGCCCGAGUCUUUGUUGCCGUAUUCGGUGCUCGCUGUCAAAGAAUGGCUGAAUUUCCGAGUGACAGCGCUAGAGACUGAAAGCAAACUUGCUACUGGUCAGCCUUUCCAGAUGCCAGUGCUGCUGUCCAAGUCGUCUUUGUAUGCGGAUGAUGACUGA